AUGGGCAGACUUGAUAAUAAACAAUUGUUCUUUCUCUUCUUCUUCCCUCUUUACCAUUUCUUGUUAUACAAGGUCCAGGACGCAAGAGUGUAUCAAUUGGUAUCGAAGCCCGUUGUUCCUCGAAUUCCCUGCCGGUAUAUGACUCGUAAGAAUACCAGAUCAGCAAUGGAUAAUCGCAUGUCUGCAAUGGAAGCUAAUAUGGAGAAAUUAUCAGCAACUUUGGAUACCAUUCUUGGAGAAAUCGCUAAGUUUCCGGCCAUGGUCGAUGCAAAGAUGGAUGCGCGAUUGCCAGUCAAGGAGCCAAAAGGAAAGAUGGAUUUGAACAAACAAGAUCCACUUCUUGUUGAAGAUGACGAACGCAGUGAGUUAGGGUUGGCACGUGCUAACAAGAAGAGUGAAACCCAAGAACCACGAGGAAUACAACCGAGAGGAAAUUGGCACAAACUCGAUUUCCCUCAUUUUUCAGAAGGAGAUGACCCAGUUGUGUGGAUCUACAGAGCUGAGCAAUAUUUCAAUUUCUAUGGGACUCCUGAACAACAGAAGGUAUUGGUCUGCUCUUUUAAUCUUGAAAAUGAGGUGCUUCAGUGGUUUCAUUGGGUUGACUGCAUACAUACUACUCCUCGGUGGGAAGAUUUUACAAAAUUUUUUUGUAGAGAGUAUGGUCCUACUGAAUUUGAUAAUAGUAUGGAAGCAUUGUUCAAACUUCAACAAACUGGCAGUUUAAAAGAUUAUGUGAGAGAAUUUAGGAGGUUAGCUACUAGAACUGUUGGUCUCAGUCCUGAAAUGUUGAAGAAUUGUUUCUUGGGUGGUUUGAAGGAUGAGCUUAGAUAUGAUGUGAAAUUGUGGAAACCAGAGUCUGUUCAUGAUGCUAUUGCUAUUGCAUUACAGAUUGAUUCUAAGUUGAAUAGUAAUAGUCGAAAUUUGUUGCCUAAAACAGUACAUUCAACAAAUCAAACAAUAUCUACUGUUUUACCAAAACAUGCUGAUGUGCCACUUAAGAGAUUCAAUCCAGAUAGUUCUGUUAAAAAAUUAUCUUCAGAAGAAUAUCAGGAGAAGAGGUUGAAAGGUCUUUGUUUCUAUUGUAAUGAAAAAUAUGACAGAGGGCAUCAGUGUGCUAAGAAACAAUUGUUGUUGUUGGAAGUUAAUUUUGAAGAUGAAAAUGAUGAAAGGGAGACAAAUGUAGUUGAGGAGUUACAGCCUACUGCUAUGCAAAUGGAACUCAGUGUUUGUGCCUAUUAUGGAAUAGCUGAUUUCCAGGAAGUUAAAACUAUGAAGGUUGAAGGAACUGUAAAGACUCAUCCAGUCAUAGUUUUAAUAGAUUCAGGUAGUACUCAUAAUUUUGUGAGUUCAAAAUUAGUUAAGCAAAUGGGAUGGCAAUUGGAAAAAACUGCAGAAUUCAAGGUAAUGAUAGCUGAUGGAGGGCAAGUGUUGAGUAUGGGCUGCUGCACGUCAGUACCCUUAAUGAUGGGAAGUUACAGUUGUAUGAUGAAUUUGUUUGUGUUACCAUUAGGAGGCUGUGAUAUAGUACUAGGGGUUCAAUGGUUACAAACUGUGAGUCCUGUUUUAUGGGAUUUCCAAGAAUUAACAAUGCAGUUCACAGUGAACCAUAUACCAUUUCAGUUAGUGAGCAUCAAUCAAAAUCAACCAUUUGUGCAACAGAUAUCACUCCACCAGAUGGAAAGGGUGAUCCAAGAUUCUAGCUUGGGAAUGUUAUUAUAUUCACAAGAAGUUGUUGGGGUACAGCCUGUUAAUACAUCCUUGUCUACCACACAGUUAGCUGAAUUGGAAGCUUUGUUGCUCACCUAUGAUCAUAUUUUUCAAAUGCCUUCUACUUUACCUCCAGAAAGAUUACAUGACCAUAGGAUACCUCUUUUACCAAAUGCUAAACCUCCUAGUAAAAGGCCCUAUCAUUAUGGACCUUUACAAAAAGAUGAAAUAGAAAAGGCUGUUAGUGAGCUGAAACAGUCUGGUUUUAUAAGGGACAGUCACAGCCCUUUUUCAUCACCUGUGCUAUUAGUCAAAAAGAAAGAAGGAACAUGGCGCAUGUGUAUGGAUUACAGAGAAUUAAAUCAGUUGACUAUCAAGGACAAGUACCCUAUUCCUUUGAUAGAUGACUUACUAGAUGAAUUGCAUGGAGCUCAAUAUUUUUCAAAGUUGGAUUUGAGAUCAGGUUAUCAUCAGAUUAGAAUGCAUCCUGAUGAUGUGGAGAAGACGGCAUUUCGUACUCAUGAAGGUCAUUACGAGUUCUUAGUGAUGCCAUUUGGUCUCACUAAUGCUCCUGCUACAUUCCAGAGUUUGAUGAAUGAUAUUUUCAGGAAUUUUCUAAGGAAAUUUGUUUUAGUAUUCUUCGAUGACAUUCUGAUUUACAGUGCCAGCUGGAAGAAACAUUUGGAGGAUUUGAAGAAUACUUUUGCUUUACUUCAGCAACAUCAUCUGUUGGUUAAAAAGUCCAAGUGUGCUUUUGGUCAAGAUAGGGUGGAAUAUUUGGGGCAUGUGGUUUCAAGGGAAGGGGUUUCUGCAGAUCCUAGUAAAAUCAAAGCAAUUAUGGAUUGGCCUCUACCUGAAAAUGUUAAGGAGUUGAGAGGAUUCCUUGGUUUGACAGGGUAUUAUAGGAAAUUUGUUAAAGACUAUGGAAAGGUUUGCCACCCUUUGUAUCAAUUAACCAAGAAGAAUUGUUUUGUUUGGACAUCUAUAGCUACUGAGGCAUUUGAGAAGCUUAAGUCUCUUAUGGUGUCUCCUCAGGUGUUAGCACUACCUGACUUCAAUAUUCCUUUUACAAUGGAAUGUGAUGCAUCUGGUUUAGGCGUGGGAGCAGUUUUGCAACAAGCUGGUAAACCAAUUGCCUUUUAUAGUCAAACUUUGGGACCUAGAAAUCAAUCCCUGUCAACAUAUGAGAAGGAGUUGAUUGCUUUGGUCUCUGCUGUCAAGAAAUGGCAAAAUUAUCUCCAAGGAAGGCAUUUUAUUAUUAAGACUGACCAUAGCAGUCUCAAAUACUUCCUGGACCAGAGGGCGAAUACCACAUUUCAACAGAAAUGGGUAUCUAAGUUGUUAGGGUUUGACUAUGAGAUUCAGUACAGGAAAGGUGUAGAAAAUGUGGUUGCAGAUGCCUUAUCAAGAAAAGGUGGAUCUACUUCUUUGCCUGAACUACCAAUUGAAUCUGUUGCUUACCAGAGUCCAAAUGAAUGUUUGGCUAUUACCUACCCUUAUUUUGGGUGGUUAGAUGAUCUGAGGAGGCAUUUGGAGCAGGAUGAAUGGAUUAAGACAAAAUGUAAAGAACUGAAGUAAGUUAAUGCUGAUGUCUCUACCUCUCUCAAUA